GCAGGAAAAUGAGGGGCGGCACCGUGUUCCUUAAAAGGGAGAACACAUUUCCCCACUGUCUAUCCAAUCUAGAUUCCUCUUCCCCCUCUUAUCAGGGAUGCGGAAAGCGUAUCCCAGGACCGCGCUACGGCCCCGCCUCUUCUUGAGGACGGGCACGUGAUGCCGGAAGUGGGUGGGGGUAAUAUGGUGGCGUUUCCGGCAGGCCCCGGCUGCUGAAAGCCGGGGUGGGGGAGUUGGUUCGGGUCCGGGUUCCUGUCCCGGUCCCGCCGAGGCGGCGACCGCGAUAGGAGGAAGGACGUGUUGGACGCGCUGGCUCACCGCCACUAUACAUUGCAGCCUUAACUCAACAUGAACUAUAUGCCCGGCACCGCCAGCCUCAUCGAGGACAUCGACAAAAAGCACUUGGUCCUGCUUCGAGAUGGAAGGACGCUUAUAGGCUUUUUAAGAAGCAUUGAUCAGUUUGCUAACUUAGUGCUACAUCAGACUGUGGAGCGUAUUCAUGUGGGCAAAAAAUACGGUGAUAUUCCUCGAGGGAUUUUUGUGGUCAGAGGAGAAAAUGUGGUCCUACUAGGAGAAAUAGACUUAGAAAAGGAGAGUGACACACCCCUCCAGCAAGUGUCUAUUGAAGAAAUCCUAGAAGAACAGAGGGUGGAGCAGCAGACCAAGCUGGAAGCCGAGAAGCUGAAAGUCCAGGCCCUGAAGGAUCGAGGCCUGUCCAUCCCUCGAGCAGAUACUCUUGAUGAGUAUUGAGUCUUCUGCUCAGAGGCUGUAGCUCCUGGGGAGCAGGGGCUGUCACCAAACCAAGUGACACAUUUGAGGAGAGACUGCAGAGCUUUGAAAAGUCAUUUUUAUUUGGAAUUCUUUCACAUAUGCAACAUGAAGAAAUCGUGCGUUUUGUUUGUUUUUUUAAUAACAAAAUCGUUUAAAGAAAACAGUGGCAUGGACUCCUUUCACACGUCACUGUGGACCCAGCAACUACUUCUUUAUAUUGCUCUUCUCAACCCAAAUUAGUGGUUACAGGGAAUAUUCUUCAUUUGCUUGUAAAUAAAACAUGAAUCUCAAAA